AUGGCCAACGCCCUCCUCAGAUGCUCAUAUGCGGGAAUGGCCAGGACUGUGGUCCCGUCCUAUGCCCGCCGUUAUGCCUCGACCGCUGCCACUGCUUUGCCAGUGGACGACCGACCAGUCCCUACCACCAAAAGCGCUGUGCUGCACAGAAACAUCAAAAAUCCACCACUGCAAGUCGUGGCCGCGAAUGGAACGCGUAUGCGUUUCUCCAACGGGCAUGAAGUGGAGGACAGUACUGUCGGGGCCUCGGUUGCCUGCCUAGGCCACGGAAACAAGAGAGUUCGGCAGGCAAUGAUCGAUCAGAUGGACAAGUUUUCUUAUUGCAACUCCAUUUUCUUCGGCCAUCAAGUAGGAGAAGACCUUGCCACCGAGCUUAUCAAUGGCACAGGCGGUGCUAUGGCCAGGGCAUACAUCUUGUCAUCCGGGUCUGAGGCCAUGGAUGCAGCGAUGAAAAUGGCGCGACAAUAUUUUAUGGAAUUGAACCCGAAACAGCCGAACCGUAUCAACUUUAUUGCGCGAGAGGGCUCUUAUCACGGCACUACCAUCGGCGGGCUGUCCAUGAGCGGACAUGUCGCACGACGAAGUUUAUUCCUCGACAUGCUUUUACCCAACGUGCAUCGAGUCUCGUCAUGCAAUGCCUACCGUGGUAUGAAGCCAGACCAGACGACUGAGGAGUAUGUUGAGCAACUGGCAGAUGAGCUUGACAGGAAGUUCCAGCAGGUUGGUCCCGAAACCGUCUGCGCCUUCGUUGCCGAGCCAGUAGUUGGUGCGGCCCUAGGAUGCGUCCCAGCCGUGCCUGGAUAUUUCAAGGCCAUGAGACGGGUUUGCGAUAAAUACGGUGCGCUGCUCAUCUUAGAUGAGGUCAUGUCGGGAAUGGGCCGGUGCGGAUCGCUGCAUGUAUGGCAGCAGGAGGGUGUGGUGCCUGAUAUAGAGACAAUGGCGAAAGGAUUGGGGGGCGGAUAUGCUCCGGUGGCCGGGAUGAUGGUAAACCACCGCAUCGCAGAUGCUCUCAUGGCGGGAACUGGGGCCUUUCUUCACGGCCACACAUACCAAGGCCAUCCAAUCGCGUGCGCCGCCGCUUUGGAGGUGCAGCGCAUCGUCCGCGAAGAUAAUCUCGUGGAAAAUGUCAAGAAAACCGGCAAGUUGCUGGGGCGUCUGCUACACCAGGAACUUGACAGCCAUCCGAAUGUCGGCAACGUACGAGGGAAGGGACUGUUCUGGGGUAUUGAGUUUGUGCGUGACAAGGAAAGCAAGACGCCAUUCCCAGUCACCGCAGGCAUAGCCAAUGCCGUGCACACGACGGCGCUGAUGGACGUGGGUAUCAUGCUGUAUCCUGGCAUGGGUAGCAUGAACGGCGUUGAAGGAGACCACGUAUUGGUGUCACCAGCCUACACGGUCACCGAGAAGGACAUCGAAGGACUCGUGAGGAAGAUUAAGGAUACUAUUGAUAAAACAUUCGCAGGGAUGUGA